GUCUGAGUGUAUGGAGUGCGUGGUAGCUAGCAGCUUUAGGAAUCUGCCACUGUACUGCUAGAUAUUCUGUGCACUUACUAAGAAUACUUUUAGAAAACCAGAAGAUCCCAUCAAAAAAUAUCUGCCCCUUACCUUAACAUUACAAUCAAGAGUUCUUCUAGCCUUUCUCUUUUUCAUAGCGUUUUCCAUCUAUUUUUGCAAUGAACUGUCUGCAGAAUUUCCCCAGGUUAUGCGCUUUGCCAUGUGAAUUUCUCAAACCCCAUGAAUCUAAAUCUUCAACCUUUGUUCAUAUAAUGCCUGUGAAGCAUGUCAGUGAUCCGCGUUUUCGUCAUUGUGUAAUUGUUAAGGCGGUUUCCGAACCUAAAUCGAGCAGUGAGAAGAGUGAAAUUGUGGACGAGAAAAAAUCAGAUAUAUACAGUAGUACCAUGACAGAAGCAAUGGGUGCUUCUCUGACUUAUAGGCAUGAACUUGGGAUGAACUACAGUUUUAUUCGUCCGGAUUUGAUAGUUGGUUCAUGCUUGCAGAGUCCAAAAGAUGUUGACAAGCUACGAAAUAUUGGAGUUAGAACUAUUUUCUGUCUCCAGCAAGAUCCUGAUCUUCAAUAUUUUGGUGUUGAUAUAAAGGCUAUUCAGAAGUAUGCACAGAAAUAUACUGACGUUGAACAUAUUCGUGCUGAAAUAAGGGAUUUUGACGGGUUCGAUUUACGAAUGAGGCUUCCAGCCGUUGUCAGCAAAUUAUACAAGGCUAUAAACCGAAACCGAGGAAUCUCGUACAUACAUUGUACAGCUGGAAUGGGCAGAGCACCUGCUGUUGCUUUGGCUUACAUGUAUUGGGUUCAAGGAUAUAGGCUAAGUGAAGCCCACAGAUUAUUGCUGAGUAAACGUUCUUGCUGCCCGAAAUUGGAUGCUAUUAAAAGUGCAACAGCUGACAUUCUUUCGGGCCUCAAGAAAAAGCCAGUUACCUUCAAGUGGAAGGAUCAAAGUCAUACCUUAGUUGAAAUAUCCGGGCUUGAUAUUGGAUGGGGCCAGAAAAUUCCACUGACAUUUGACGAGGAACAAGCGUCAUGGAUUAUGGAGCGAGAAUUACCUGAAGGACAGUAUGAGUAUAAGUAUGUAGUUGAUGGUGAAUGGGUUUGCAACAACGAUGAACUCAUGACUCCGCCAAAUGACGAUGGUCAUAUCAACAAUUAUGUCGUGGUUUCUGCUGAUGAUCCAGAUAGUGAUAGUGCACAACUGAGGGAGAGGCUGACCGGGGAUGAUCCUGAUCUGACUACCGAUGAACGAGCUAAAAUACUACAAUUUCUUGAGGAAUUCUCCGAGCUCGAGUGAGUUCUUGUAUACAGAAAAGUCAUGUAUGUAAGUAGUAGAAGUUCAUGCCAAGGGCAAUGAGAUUUUCAGGCACCUUUUUGAGUUAUCCUUUGUGUACUUCAUGCUAAUUGAAAAUCAUAUAGUUUAUAAUAUUAUCAUUCAAUGUGUUUGUAAUAAAAAUUUAUACUUUAUUAGCAAAACCAUAUAUCAUUCACAAUAAACCUAGCAAGGACGGAUGUACAUAAGCUUAGAUGAAAUAAUUUCAAUUAUACUACUAUUAUUUCUGGUAGAA